AUGGGUGUAGAAUUUGGCAAAAGCAAAAACGAGGCUACAGGGACUAUGGCCAAAGACUUGAAGUCUGUCUUAGAAGAAAUGUGCAAGGUGCUAUUUAAAACUGUAGAGCAGAUGAAACACAAGGCAGAGUGUGAGUGUAGGCACUCAAAGGCCCCUGAUUACAAACAGUCUGGAAAACUGGCCGAUAAGUGGAUUGAUUCUAACCAGAUUAAGAAAAUCAAACCAAAUGUAGAAGAGCUAGAACUGUCAAAAUGA